AUGAUUAGCGAUUCUAGCCACAUCUUUCAUUACUCUGCUGCUGCAGGUGCAUUUCUGGUCUCAUUCUAUAUCAUCCCGUACCUGCUUGAUCCAUAUGACUAUCGACGUCGAUUUCCGGGUCCAUGGCCAGCAGCCCUUUCGAACUCAUGGCACUCGAAGGCUAUGAAGUCUACUAAAGCAUGCGAUACAAUGUUCGAGCUUCAUCAGAAAUACGGACCAUUCGUCCGGAUUGGACCUAAUCACAUAAGUAUUGCCGAUCCAGAUGCUUUAGAGGAUAUCUACAAGCACGGAAACGGCUUGCUCAAAUCAGAUUACUAUGCCAUGUUUAGGCUCGGAACACAUGAUAAUUUAUUCACAUCGCGAGAUAAAGCUGAACACUCAACCAAACGUCGGCGGUUGGCGCAUAUAUUCAGUCCUCAGAACAUCCUCUCAUACCAGCCUCGCGUCCGUAACAACAUUCGGCACUUGGUCGAUCAACUGGACAUGCGCUGUCAACAGGCUGCAGAGGGCAGGUCGGGCUUCAACUGGAGUGCAAAGGAUGGCCGUGCUGUAUUGGAUAUCUGCUCACGUAAAAAUGUCUUAUCUUGCAUUCGAUCUGAUCGGAGACUUGGCAUGGGGUCACCGUUUGGGAUGAUCCAGGCUCAGCGGGACACCACCAACGUUGCUAAGUCUCUGACUGACGGCGCCAAGACGAUACAGCUGCCUCUUAUCGAGCUGUUUGACAAAGGUACUCAGUCAGUUUCAUCGAUUGGAGUAUACCCACGGUGGGCUCAAGCUGCACUACUGCUACUUCCUUGGAAUCUGUACGGCUUGUUCACCACACGUAAUCUCGCGGGAUUCGCCUCUGCUGCAUUGAGUCAUCGAUUGCAGAGGACCCAGCACAACACUGACGACAAGGAAGCCAGAGGGGUGGAUAUGGUUGACAAGCUGCUCGAAGCGAGAGAUGAAGACGGAAAACCGCUUUCAAAGGAAGAGCUGCUCAUCGAAACCUUCGGGCUGCUAUUCGCCGGCAGCGAUACCACUAGCAAUACCUUGAGCGCUUUCUGCUUCUACCUGGCCAAGCACCCGCACUUGCAAGCUAAGCUGCAAGCCGAGCUUGACGAGCACAUACUCUUGAAGUACUCCCAUCAAGACACCGAGUCUGGGUCUGAAAUCGAUCCGGUGGCCACGUAUGAGCCCAUCAAAGACCUUCCGUAUCUCAACGCAUGCAUGAAGGAGACGAUGAGGCUGCACUCGGCCCUAGGACUCGGACUGCCGAGAGUGGUACCGCCAGGCAAGAGCUUCACAGUCGGUGGACAAACGUUCAAAGCCGGCAGCAUCAUCAGUGUACCUACGUUCGUUACAAACAGGGACAGGAUCUGGGGACACGACGCUGGUGAGUUCCGACCGGAGCGAUGGCUGGAAGACAGCAAGGGUAUGCUCGGAAAGUACUUUGCGCCGUUUUCGUUUGGUCCAAGGGCUUGUAUCGGUCGCAACCUUGCGAUCAUGGACAUUCUGCUGAUCGCUGCUACUAUUUUCCGUCGUUAUGACCUUCAACUAGGUCAUCCAGACGCCAAGCCAACGAUUCGUGACUCUGUUAUCCGACAGGUGUACGACUGUCCGAUUGCAAUCAAGCGUCGGGAUAUAGCCACUAAAUGA